AUGAAUACAACUGAUGAACACAAUGAGGAACCAACUGUGGAGAAGUGGGUGUGUCAGAUCAUGGCAGCAGAAGGAGUUAUUGGUGUCUUAGGGAACCUCUUAGUGUGCUACGUCAUCCUACGCGUCAAAUUCUUACACAACAUGACGAACUACCUGCUGGUGAAUUUGGCUGUUGCUGAUAUGCUGGUGAGUCUGCAAGUAUUCUUAUAUUAUUCAACAUCAGACUGUCCGCUUAUUGCUCUUGCUCCAGUUAGCCACGGCGUGAGAGACUUGUACUGCAGACUUCUGGCAUCGAGGUUUUUGGCAUGGGCAUUGUCCUAUGCUUCUGCCUACAAUCUCUGCGUGGUUACAUUAGAGAGGUACAUUGCCAUAGUACACCCUCUACACUAUUCGAGGAAACUCACAACAGCACGGAUGGUUACUUUAGUUGCUCUGAUGUGGGUGAUAUCAUUUCUGAUAUCUCUACCUCUUCUAUUCACAGUCGAGCCAAGCAAUGACCCUAAUAGGAUUUGCUCAGUGACAAUUCCUCAUCCUUUAUUUUCAAUUCUACUCAGCAUAUGUGCAUUUUUCGUUGCAUAUUUGUUCCCCCUAACUUUAAUGAGUUUGGCCUACUACAAGAUGCAGGUCACUCUCAAACGACAAGCAACAGUCCUGAAACUGCAUCAUGCAAGGGCAGCAGCCUGUAAUCUUGUGAUUGCUAGACAGAACCUGGUCAGCAUGCUUAAAACUGUCUUGGGAGCUCUCAUUGUCUUAUGGACAAUGGAUUAUUUUGCUGUUCUUCUCUGCGUGCAGACAACAGACAAGGCUCAGUUCUCGUUCUGUGGAUCAAAGGUUUUCCGGUAUAUUAGAAUUUUCGCUAAUUUAUUGUUUAAUUUCAAUUCAGUCAUCAAUCCCAUCAUCUAUGAGUUUAAAUACAAGAAAUUCAGGCAAGGCCUCAAGGUAGCUUUUUGCAGCUGCUCCAAAAGGCAGGGCGGUAACAGAGAUGAUAUUGAGAUGGCACCAUUAUGA